AAGUAAACCGUUUCUUUGCCGGAUCUACAAUCAACUUUUAGGCGCAUAAAGGAAUUAGAGGGGCAACUUCGAGUGUCCAAAGGCAGUUGACAUCUGCCCCAAAACACUAAAAGUAUCAUAUAAUUGUACACUAAUAAAACUCUCCCGUAUCAGAUUCAUUUUUGGAUCGAGAGAUAGAGAGAGAGAGAGAAACCACGCGGCAUGAAUUUACAGAGGCCAGAUCUGAAGAUCUAGCCCUACAUAUCUCAAAUUUAGCAUUCAUCAAUCGCUAGAUUUAAAGUUUUAGUAGUAGGAAGGAAUAACCAUGGAAUUGUUUAAGAAUUUACCGGAGAUGGAUCUGAUGCGCUCGGAGAAGAUGACGUUCGUCCAGUUAAUCAUUCCGGUUGAAUCCGCUCACCGCGCCAUAUCCUAUCUUGGCGAACUCGGUUUACUCCAGUUCCGUGACUUAAAUGAAGAUAAAAGCCCAUUUCAAAGAACAUUUGUUAAUCAGGUAAAAAGAUGUGCUGAGAUGUCAAGAAAGCUUCGCUUCUUUAAAGAUCAGAUACACAAGGCUGGUUUGCUAUCUUCUGCUCUUCCAACAAUGCAACCAGAUGUGGACUUGGAGGCAUUGGAGAUACAACUUGCUGAGCAUGAACAUGAACUUAUUGAGAUGAAUGCCAACAGUGAGAAACUACAACAGACAUAUAAUGAGCUGCUGGAGUUCAAAAUGGUGCUGCAGAAGGCAGGAGAUUUCCUUCUCUCAGGUAAAAGUUAUGAGACUGCAGAUGGCAGAGAACUAGAAGAAAAUGUGUAUGCCAGUGACUAUCCAGAUUCAGUCUCAUUACUUGAACAGGCAACACAAUCAGGACCCUCAAACUUAUCAGGUCUUAGAUUUAUAAGUGGCAUUAUCCCCAAAUCCAAGGUAUUAUUAUUCGAGAGAAUGUUGUUUCGUGCAACAAGGGGAAAUUUACUUUUCAAUCAAGCAACUGCAGAUGACCUCAUCAUGGAUCCUGUAACAUCUGAAAUGGUUGAAAAAACUGUAUUUGUAGUUUUCUUUUCCGGAGAGCAGGCAAAGACAAAAAUACUUAAAAUCUGUGAAGCAUUUGGUGCAAGUUGCUACCCUGUUCCAGAGGACAUAACAAAACAGACUCAAAUAACCCAAGAGGUUCUAUCAAGGCUUUCUGAGUUGGAAACCACUUUGGAUGUUGGAAUUCGACACAGGAAUGCUGCUCUUCAUUCCAUUGGGUUUCGCUUAAUAGUAUGGAUGAACAUGGUUAAAAGAGAGAAAGCUGUGUUUGAUACUUUGAAUAUGUUAAACUUUGAUGUUACAAAAAAGUGUCUAGUUGGAGAGGGAUGGUGCCCGAUAUUUGCUAAACCCCAGAUUCAGGAGGCACUGCAACGUGCAACAUUUGAUAGCAGCUCACAAGUGGGCAUCAUAUUUCAUGUGAUGGAUGCUGUGGAGUCACCUCCAACAUAUUUCAGAACUAACAGUUUUACAAAUGCAUAUCAAGAAAUUGUUGAUGCCUAUGGUGUUGCUAAAUACCAAGAAGCAAAUCCAGCAGUUUAUACUGUAAUUACUUUUCCAUUUCUUUUUGCUGUCAUGUUUGGGGAUUGGGGACAUGGAAUAUGCUUAUUGAUAGGUGCAUUAUUUCUCAUAGCACGUGAAGGAAAGCUUAGUACUCAGAAACUUGGGAGCUUCAUGGAGAUGUUAUUUGGUGGACGUUAUGUACUUCUUUUAAUGUCAAUUUUUUCCAUCUACUGUGGUCUAAUUUACAACGAAUUCUUUUCUGUUCCUUAUCAUAUAUUUGGUGCAUCCGCAUAUAGAUGCCGUGACCCCUCAUGCAGUGAUGCAUAUACAGUUGGUUUAAUCAAAUAUCGUGAUGCAUAUCCAUUUGGUGUGGAUCCUAGCUGGCGUGGGAGUCGUUCAGAGUUACCCUUUUUAAACUCCCUCAAAAUGAAAAUGUCUAUUUUGCUUGGAAUUGCUCAGAUGAAUCUUGGAAUCAUGUUGAGUUACUUCAAUUCGAUUUUCUUCAACAAUUCAUUGGAUAUAAGGUACCAGUUUAUCCCACAGAUGAUAUUUUUAAACAGCCUUUUUGGGUAUCUAUCACUUCUGAUUAUCAUAAAAUGGUGCACGGGUUCUCAAGCGGAUCUUUAUCAUGUCAUGAUUUAUAUGUUCUUGAGUCCCUUUGAUGAUCUUGGUGAAAAUGAGUUGUUUUGGGGACAAAGGCCUCUUCAGAUCCUAUUGUUGUUUUCAGCUCUUGUUGCUGUUCCAUGGAUGCUUUUCCCCAAACCUUUCAUUUUAAAGAGACUUCAUGCUGAGCGAUUCCAAGGUCGUGCAUACGGGAUUCUUAGAUCGUCCGAGGGAGACACCGAUUCCGAACCUGGUUCUGCAAGACAACGCCACGAAGAGGAAUUCAAUUUUAGCGAAGUUUUUGUACAUCAAAUGAUACAUUCCAUUGAAUUUGUACUUGGUUCUGUUUCCAAUACUGCUUCAUACCUUCGAUUAUGGGCUUUAAGCUUAGCUCACUCAGAAUUAUCCACUGUAUUCUAUGAGAAAGUUCUUCUCCUUGCUUGGGGGUAUGAUAAUUUUUUAAUCCGAAUGGUGGGGCUAGCGGUGUUUGCUUUUGCAACUGCAUUUAUACUGUUAAUGAUGGAGACACUAAGUGCUUUCCUUCAUGCAUUGAGGCUACACUGGGUGGAAUUUCAAAACAAGUUCUAUCAAGGCGAUGGUUAUAAAUUCAAACCUUUCUCAUUUGCUGCUGUAUUAGCUGAUGAUGAAGAUUAGUUCUAGUCCUAGUAAAAUGACAGUUUUCUCCUCACCUUUUCUGGGGAACAAGUACACGUUUUCCCAAAAUCAGAGUCUUUUUUUUUUACCCACCCACCCACAGAGGCGUAAAAAGGGUAACAACAACCUUAAAACACAGAAUUUUUGGGUAGUUAGAUAUGUUUUUAUUUUUACUUUUUAUUUUACCCAUGUGCAGCUUUUCAGUUAACAUAGCAUUGUAGAAACCCUGCUUGCACAAAUAUGGUUUAUAUUACAAUGUAGGUGCUGUAAAGAGGGGAUGUUAUAUCAUUAUCAGAUUCGCGUAUUCUGUAGAUUUUCAAUCUAUACAUUUUCUGUUAUGUUGUUUA